CCUCUUUUGUGUAUUGUAAUUUGGUUCCUAUUCUUGUCCUUUCAUCAGAGAUUCAGGAUCAUUUUCCUUUUUCCCUUUUUUUUUUCCGGGGAAGUUUCUUCAAGCACUGGAAUGUUCCUUUGGGGGCAAUUAGUUGCUUCAAACUCGUGAGCUGCUGGGCAUUAUCUGAAUCUCCAUGAAUUCUCGAAGGGAGCGUAAUGCUAGAGCUGCACUUUUUGAUGGCAUUGAAGAAGGUGGCAUCAGGGCUUCAUCUUCUUACUCCUCUCAUGAAAUUGAUGAGCAGGAGAAUGAAAAAGAAAUUGAUGGGUUACAGGAUCGAGUUAAUCUGCUGAAAAGAUUGUCUGGUGAUAUACAUGAGGAAGUGGACAAUCAUAACCGCAUGCUGGACAGAAUGGGUAACGAUAUGGAUGCUUCAAGGGGAAUCUUAGCAGGAACAGUGGACAAAUUUAAAAUGGUAUUUGAGACCAAAUCAAGCAGGAGAAUGUUUACACUAGUGGCAUCAUUUGUGGUCAUUUUCCUGGUUGUAUACUACCUCACUAAGUAAUUGGGGUUGAGAGGCGGUGCAUUUUCUAGUACCAUGCAUAGAAUUUCCUGGCAUCUUUCCUGAUGUUAUGUACUUGUAUACAAGAAUAGCAGUGCUUUCUUCACUUUGUUAAUGUAAUGAACACCAUCACCAGUUGUAAGAUGUUGCCAUAUGCAUGCCUAUGUAAAAAAUGUUUUGGUGCACUGACCUUUGAACGUGUGCAAUGACUAUUACUAUCCUGCGCUACACCUUUGAUGGAAUAUGCACGCAUUUUUCAUGUUA